CGUAAAUAUACAUUUCAGCAAAUUUAUGAAGACCAUAGAUGUACUGUGUUUUCGGAUUAUUUUUUGUCCCUAUAGUUUUAAGCUCUACAAUUUCUAUUUCAUGGCAAAAUCAUCACUCACAAGCAGAUAUUGAACGCAUAAUCAAAAGAGUUAUCGAGAAAUGCCCUGAUAUUUCUUAUGCUUACUACUUAACAACCGGUCGUAUCACCACAACACCGAAUUUAAACAGACUGUUUGUGAUAGCUUUCGGGAAGUAUGCCAACACAUCUGUGAAAGGCAUACCGGAGUUCAAGUAUAUUGCCAACAUGCAUGGAGAUGAAGUUGUUGGAAGAGAGCUGUUAAUACGUUUGGCUGUCUACCUGUGUGAUGAAUUUAUCUCACAAAACACAUUCGUCCACAAACUGCUUAACCGAACGAGAAUCCAUAUUUUGCCCUCAAUGAACCCGGAUGGUUGGGAAGUCGCCGCAUCUAACAAAAAAUUUCAUGAAUUAGGAAGAUGCAAUUCUAGGAAAGUGGAUCUCAACAGGGACUUUCCUGACUUGACAAAAAAGUUUUAUAUCAAUCUGCGUAAUGGUGGACCUUUGGACCAUUUACAACCUGAUGAAAUCGAUGUGGAGAAGGCGCAAGUAGAGACAAGAAUGGUAAUGGAAUGGUUAGAAAAAAUCAAUUUUGUGCUGGGUGCUAAUAUACACGGUGGUGAUUUGGUUGCAAAUUAUCCGUUUGACAAGUCAAUAACAGGGAAUUCUGCCGAAUCUAUUACACCAGAUAACCCUACUUUUGUUGAGCUAGCAGAAUCUUAUGCUGAUCAUCAUCCACGAAUGAAAAAAGGGAUUAAAAAGUGCUAUGACUCCGAUAACCAUUUCAGUGAUGGCAUUACAAAUGGUGCAAGAUGGUAUUCGUUAAAUGGAGGAAUGCAAGAUUACAAUUAUCUGCACACGAAUAGUUUUGAAAUAACUUUGGAAUUGGGUUGUGAAAAGUAUCCCAACGCUUCCGAAUUACCAAGAUAUUGGAAUGAAAAUAAAAUGUCACUGCUCAACUAUAUUUUGCAAGUCCAUAGAGGUAUUAAAGGCACUGUAUAUGGAUAUAUGGAAAAUACACACAUUCCAAUAGAAUACGCAAUCAUCAAGGUAACAAAUAUAACUGAUCCAACUAGUCGCACUCCCAUACUUCACAACGUAAAUACAGAUCAAUUUGGAUAUUAUUAUCGACUUCUUACAGAAGGCAAAUACAUAGUUACCGCCUCAGCUGAUGGUUUUAUACCAUCUAUGGCUUGUGUUGAUGUACAACACACACCGUCUAUAAAUGCACCAUUUGUUGAAGCACAGCAAGUAAAUUUCCUACUAUUACCAACAAACUUCAAAAGAUAUAAUGAAUUAAACAGUAUUACAAUCCCACUCGUUUCCAAGCCAUUUCACGUCAGUGGUUAUCUACAUGAUAAAUUAUGCUUAAAACAGUAUAAUGAAAUUAUGAAUAUGAUACCACAAACCACAUGGGUCGACGAAGACAGUUUAGCUUGAGAUUACUCAUACCUUACGGACAUAUCAAUUUUAGAAAAUACAGAGAAUAUAUUCAAAUUAUAAUCAUAGAUUAAAUGCUCUAUUAAAUAUAAUUGUCCAAUACUCAUCUUGAUUAAAAGUUAUGACCAGUUGUAGUACGUAUAUAAAAUAACAAAUUGAAG